AGCGUGAAAACUUCCUGUUCGGGAACGAAAUAUACUAACAACAAUACUAACAACAUACCAUGUUGAUGAUUUAUACGUGAAAACAUGGAGCGAUUGCUUUUCAAUGUGUUUGGUUUUAUUGUGCUAUCAAUAUGUUGGGCUCAAACUGAGGAAGGUCAAACUUCGGGCCAUCUAGCAAUCAGCACCCUGAUGUACGGUCCUUACACAAGCAACAGACACGUUGCCAUAGCAGCCUUUCAAACUUUCAAUGGAAGCACAAAUCUCUCAAUGACUAAUUACAUAGGCUUCUCCUCGUCCUACAGACAUUCGAUCAUGAGUCUUGUCGCCGACGUCAACAGGAAGAAGCUGUAUGCUGUUGACAGAUACAUGGCUGCCAUUUACGUGUUGAGUAACUUUACGGCUGACCAGGCUAUAAGUAGUUCUUCUUGGAGUCUUCUUCAUACAGGUGUUUCAAGAGGAUCUGUGAAGUUGGCUGUUGACUGGAUAUCCAACAACUUAUACUGGAGUGAUCCUAUGUAUCGCUGGAUUGCUGUACAAUCGCUGGACAAUUACGGAAUGUUCAAAAUAUUAUUUCAUACGAAUCUUGAAUUUCCUUUAGGAAUCGCAGUCGAUCCAAAUCACAACAUUUUGUUUUGGGCAGAUGCAGGAUCAACUCCUAAAAUUGAGCGAUCAACACUCACCGGAGCUAACCGUAGAGUAAUUGUCGCAAAAGGAAUCCUGUAUCCAACAGCAAUCGUCGUCGACGUCACAAGCUCGAAAAUAUUUUGGACGGACGCGAUCAGAGACACAGUUGAAAUGGCAACGUUCACCGGGUUGGGUAGAAAAAUAGUCAGGAGAUUAUCUCAUACAUUUUUCUACGAUAUUGCUCUAUUUCAGGACACCAUUUUUGUAACGGCAUUAUCCUUAAAAAAUAAGAACGAGAUCAUAAUUAUGAACAAAACAACGGGUGACCUGGACAACAAUCGUCCAAGAUUUUACCUGACAAAUCCUGACGUUAGCCUUGAUGUUAUAGCGGUGUCUGUGGUGUCGCAAGCAACACAGCCUUUGAUUACAGACCAUUGCGCGAGUAAUCUGUGUAGCGAUAUCUGUGUGAGCGGACCAACCGGGUACGAUUGUCUCUGUCGAGAGGGCUUCCUGCUUCAGGACGGCGAGUGUGUUGAGGACGCGGGGCCCGUUCACCGCGGUCUGGUAUGGUCAACGCCGACGGAAAUAUGUGUGGCAGAUAUAAGAGGUAUCAACCGCCAUGAUCGGUACAUUGGGUCCAACAAGACGUGUAAAUACGGCGUGGGAAACGCCAUUUCCUAUGUCGUUGUAGAUUCGCAUGGACGUAAAAUCAUUUACGCAGACACUUACAGUGUAAAGGCUAUGAACGUUGACGAUAUGAGUAUGGUAGAGACACUUUUCACUGCCACAGAGACAAUAACAGGUCUUGCUGUCGAUUGGAGAGACGGGAACGUGUAUUGGUGCCAAGGAAAACCACAUAGGGCUGGGCAAAUAUGGGUCUUCUCACAAACAGAUAGCACUUCAUACAAACUGGUCGACAAUCUUGACAACGUGACAUCAAUAAGCAUCGUUCCAUUGCAAAGCGCCAUGUUGUGGAUAGCUGGUGAAAACCACAAAAGGCAAAUCUUCAAGUCUCAGCUUGACGGUACGGAGAUAACAGUUUUAGUCAACAAAGACAAUCUAACGUCACCUGUGGAUCUAACCGUCGAUCUCGAUAAAAACUUGGUGUAUGUAAUCGACGACGGAUUUAUAGAGACCGUCCGGCUUGACGGGACCGACCAUAAAGUCCGGUCAACACGCAUUACCGCUUCCCCGUUCAGAAUACAAACUUAUAAGCAUUACCUGUUAAUGAUUGAUAUCAACUUCCGAACAAAUGAGCCGGACGUUGACGUUCUAGACUUGCAGGAUGUAUCGUUCGAAGGGACACUUUCGACGAUAAAACAUGUAACUGACAUUGCUAUACUGGACCUCACUACACAAGCAAAAAUCUACGGACCAUGCGAUGUAGCAAACGGUGAUUGUGAACACCUUUGUAUUCCGAUCGGGAGGAAUCGCGUUUGUCAGUGUGAAUACGGCUUUACACUUGAGGCAAACAAGGAAACAUGCACCUCGCAGCCUCUUCUGGACGACUUCAUUCUUGUUGUUGAUUGGACACACAGCAAUAUAUACCAAGUUUCCCUGGUGAAUGGUGAGGCUCAAGGUUUAGACUCUGAUAUGAUAAAGAAACCGGCUGGAAUAGAGUACAACCAUCUGACCGGGAAGGUGAUCUGGGGAGAUACAGGCGACUAUCUCUUACAACAAACCAACCUAGAUGGUACCGGUUAUGAGGUUUUGGUUGAUGUAGGAAUGUACCACGCACAUCCCGAGCGAAUGGCGAUUGACUACAGCACAGGGAAUAUAUUUUACACAUCUGUUAACACAACUGUCCUUGGGUUUUCGGGUAUAGCUGUUGUAACACCAGAUGGAGUACAUAAGAAAAUUGUCGAGUAUGGGCAAAGCCCACGAGCUAUAGCGCUGGAACCGGAACAAGGUUUUAUGUUUUGGACUGUCCCCGGGACGACACCCGGAGUCCUGAUGCGAGCUAAAAUGGACGGGUCAGAGAUGGUCACUCUAUACGACAAGAUGGUGUGGCCCAAUGGCAUUUCAAUCAGCAGUAAAGUCAAGACCGUGUUUGUAACGGACGGAGGUUCUAACCGGAUAUACGCAUGCACGUUCAGCGGCUCGUGCUCUGUGUUUCACGAGGAUCCCGGGAUGCAUCUCAUGGACAUCAAACUGUUGGACGACUACCUGUUUUACUCCGCGUGGAAUAAAGCGUACAUUACACGAAUAGAUAUGGACACUAAGGAGAUUGUAAAGUUUGCUGAGAACGCCGAACUUGGAAGACUGGAUGCCAUCGCCGUGUACAGAUCAUCUUUGGCACUACCAGUGACCAGUUCUUGCAGCCCGAACAAAGGCAGGGCUAAUUGCAGCACACUUUGUCUCCCAAACUCUAGUGGAUAUACGUGCGCAUGCGCAGAUGGCGUGUCCUUAUUACCAGAUGGAAAGACGUGCUCAGAUGUUGCCGCCUCAACUACAACAACGACUUUAACCACACCAACAACAACUACGACACAAACAACAACUGUCCUAACAACGACAACAACUGCUUCUACCUCCACAUCCAGAGCAACAAUAAGAUCACUGCCAAGGUCCGACUCCACAUCAAGAACACCAACUAGUUCAUUGCCAAGGUCCGACUCCACAUCGAAAACAGCAACAAGUUCACCGCCACGGUCCGACUCCCCAUCAAGAGCAACAACUAGUUUACCGCCACGGUCCGACUCCACAUCAAGAACAACAACAAGUUCACCACCACGGUCCAGUACGGGCUUGCAGAGAUCCCCUACUGCCUCUGUGAAGGCUGUAAUUCCGUAUAUUGCCGCCGGUGCUGGAGGUGCUCUUGUACUCAUUGUUGCCGUCGUAAUCGUCAUCUGUUUCGUGUACGGAAGCUCACAUCAUAAAUCGAUGAUGUGGAAAAUGAGGCGAGCUGAUGGCGGUCCCCGAUACCUGCAAGACAAUGAAAGUGUCGAUCACAGCGCCGUCUGUCAUGGUGACAGUGUCGACAUACUCGGGCUUGAGAUGCACGAGUACGAAUCUCCAUUAUCUGUAGCGCAAAUUCGGGCUAGGGAAAACCAGGAAUGCAGUGCGAUACAAAAUGACGACUUCCUCAACUUCACCAAACGAGACACCAUGUACGAUUUAAUACCUGCCGAUAUUGCCCCGACCCCCCCUCCGUAUGAGGCUAAAAGAAUCAACCCCCCACCCAAGCUGCCCAAACCCCACGUCCAUACCAUGCAGAGCACGGCGAAUGUAAGCGUCCUGUCGUGCAUUUCCGAUCAGCCGAUGGCGGCGAGAGUGCAAAACAUCUAUGCGACGCCGUCGGAAGUCGGUGACAGGUAUGUCGGCUCGGUAAGAAGCGAGCUACCGGGGCCGGGGACAAUUUGUACGGGGCCGGGGGCCACACAAAGCUACAGAACGAUUUCAAGUACGUCUUCCUAAGCCGUGAAUAGUCACACAGACUGUUUCCUCGGAUUCACUUCAAACUAUAUCGUGGCCGAGACUUAAUAUUUUAAGAGACACUUAAUAGAGUAAACAACAAUCUAUGCAAAGCACAGCACUCGUAGACAUAUUACACAAGAGAUGCUUAAGAUAAACCUGGCAUUGGUUAAAAAAAUCAUACUAGCAACAUGUUCUAUAGAGUAUGUACUAUAAUAAGUACAAUAGUUACAUAUAUUUUAAAGCAAUACAGAAAUAUAUUUCCUGGAAUAAUUUAUAAUUAACAAAUUAUCAGAUUUUUUUUUAAUUCAGAUUGAAAAAAAGAUACAUUAUGAUAUAAAAUCCACUAAUUAUCUAAACAUUUAUAGUAAAAUAUUUAUAAAUUUUGCUUGCUUUUAAAUCAUUACAUCACACUGCUUUCAAAAAACGUUACGCUUCUUCAUGUUUGUAUACUAUUUUGAAUGACGUCAUCAGAAUUAAAUUUUGUCAGAAAAUAAAUAUCUUAAAUGUUUUUUAGAGAAUCAUGACUGAACAUGAAAUUUUCUUCUAAUCUUUUUCGAUAGCUUUCUAAAAUAUUCUACAUUUGCAGACUUUAUGUCACGAAUUUGCUUUUUGAUUUAUUUAGAAAGAAUUUUAUGUCGUUUGCAUUUUCUUUUUAUGCUCGUAGUUGUAAGCUGUAUAUUAACAUGUGUGUCUUAUUUUCUAUAAAUUUUGUUUGUUCUGCUUUCUAUGUAUAUAAGGAUAUUAAAUGUAUAUCUAUGAAUUGCAAGAUUGUUUCCAAUUAGGCCACCAUUUAUUCUAAUAAAAUUGGUUGCAUACAUGCGGAGCAAUACAUGUUCUGAAGAACUGAAAUAGAGCAGCACUUAUUAUUGAUAUGUAAAACGAAAACACCUGAUGA